AUGCAUUUCCUCUGCCUUCACGGCGCCAUCGGCAACACCGAGACUAUCACUAUUCAGUUAGCACCACUAUUGAAGGAGUUAAACACCGACAGUUCAGCAACAACCUUUCACUAUCUCAACGGUCCUCUCCUGGUUUCCCCUCCCCCGGGAUUCGAGGCGUAUUUCGGUGUGGGACCGCAUUACCGGUGGAUUGAUGACGGCCAAAAGCCCGGAAAGUCCACGAUUCGGCGCGUCCGGGACCUGCCAACUAGCGAGAACAAUGAUGAUGCCAUGAGGGAGGUCUUAGGGGAUGUACACUGUCGAAACUAUGCGGAUCUCAUGGAUUACAUUGAGGGUGUCCUGGAGAAGAACCCAGAAAUCGGCGGGAUGAUCGCCUACAGCGAAGGAGCUGCGGCAGCUGCGACGUAUAUUCUCGAUGAACAACGUCGACAUCGCGAAGACGGCCGCGAGCGCCAAAUCAAGUGUGCCAUGUUCGUUGGAGGCUGGCCGGCCAUGAGGCGAGACACGAAGGGGUUCAUCCUUGCAGAUGACGGCGGGGAUGAAAUGAUCGACAUUCCCACGCUUCAUGUCCUAGGGGCGAACGACCCUUACCGAUAUGGCUCGGAAGCACUCUUUGAAACCUGCGAUCCUGAUGCAGCAGAGUUCUUUGAUAUGGGCAAAGGCCAUACUCUUCCACGGUCGGGGUUGGUGAUCAGUGAAUUAGCGCAAAAAAUGCGAUUUCUAUGCCUCCACGGCUCCAUAACCAGUGCUGAUACACUCAGUGCUCAGUUAGGCCCUUUGCAGCAAAACCUGGCGGCCGAUAAUACCGCUUCCUUUUAUUGCGUGAAUGCGCCACAUGCCACAACUGCCCCUGGAGGCUACAUAGAAUAUUUUGGUCACCCACCCCACUACCGCUGGCUUAAUUACGUUGGCGUUGGCAUUGAUGCCAUCUACGACACUGUCCGCGGGGCGCGAAGCAAACAACAUGCUACUCCGGAGGAUGCCUUUCGAUCGCUUAUACCUCCUGAGCUUUCCUGGGUCAAUUAUGAAGAUGUUCUGAGAUAUAUUGAAGAGACACUGGAGAAGAAUCCCGAUAUUGAGGGUCUCCUGGGAUACAGUGAAGGGGCGACUGUUGGUGCGGCAUAUAUCUUGCGCGAACAGAUGAGGGAGCAGGAGACCGGCCGCACGCGGCAGAUUAAGUGCGCGAUCUUUCUCGCUGGGAUCCCCCCAGUCAAAGCGGAGAAUGGAUUUAUAUUUGCCGAUGAACAAGAGGAGAUGAUCGAUAUCCCCACUGUCCAUAUCGUUGGCGCAAAUGACCCUUUUAGGAUAGCCGCGGACUGUCUAUACAACAUUUGUGAUCCUGAUAGCGCUUACUUCUUUGAUACUGGCAAGGGACAUACCAUACCACGUGGAGGGCCAGUGAUCGAUGAGUUGGGAGAUACAAUUCGAGAAUUGGUUCAGAGGACAAAGGAAGGGUGA